AUGUCGGACCUGGGCUCGGAAGAGUUGGAGGAGGAGGGAGAGAAUGAUCUUGGGGAAUACGAAGGGGAGCGGAACGGGGCCGGUGAGCGGCACGGACACGGGAAAGCGAGACUGCCCAAUGGGGACACGUAUGAAGGGAAAUACGAAUAUGGUAAAAGACACGGCCAGGGGACCUACAAAUUUAAAAGCGGUGCGCGGUACAUUGGAGAAUACGCUAAAAAUAAAAAACACGGUCAAGGCACUUUUAUCUAUCCAGACGGAUCAAGAUAUGAAGGGGAGUGGGCAGACGACCUGAGGCACGGCCACGGCGUGUACUGCUACGUCAACGGCGACAGCUACACCGGCGAGUGGUUUGCUCACCAAAGGCACGGGCAAGGCACCUACUUCUACGCGGAGACGGGCAGCAAGUACGUGGGUGCCUGGGUGAACGGCCAGCAGAAGGGCACGGCCGAGCUCAUUCACCUGAACCACAGGUACCAGGGCAAGUUCUUGAACAAAAAUCCCGUUGGCCCUGGAAAGUACGUGUUUGAUAUUGGCUGUGAACAGCACGGGGAAUAUUGCUUAACAGACGUGGAAAGAGGAGAAGAGGAAGAGGAGGAGGUGGAGACACCGGUAACUGCCGUUCCAAAAUGGAAAGUGACCAAAAUCACAGAAUUGGCCUUGUGGACCCCGACCCUCCCCCAGGAGCAGCCCGCUGUGGAUGGACCAGGCCAGGGGGAGGCCCCAGGAGCUGAGGGCGGGGGAGAGCCGGCGGAGGAGGUCCAGCCUCCGACCGACAACGUGUCAGAGGGGGAAUUAGAUUCAGUGCAGCCCGGAGAGGAGGACGGAGACGCCAUCAGGGAGGACGGAGAGGAAUUCCGCUACGACAGCUGA